AUGGUCACAUGGAGCGAAGAAAGUAGCAAAUAUUCUUGUUGUUCCCGCUUCAGAUACACCUCAAUAGAAGCAUCUUUUAAAAGUUUUUUGGCGGCAGAAAAGAACACACGCGAGGAGGAGCGCGAGUGGGUGGAAUCUAACGGUGGGCCUGCACUUACGACAACCCUAGCAAGUGAGUGUGUCGAAGAGAAGGGAGAGCCACUCGACCUUCCAUCUUCAUCUCACGACACGUGCCGAUACGAUGUGUCGCGCACGUGGGGCACCCUGGGACCCACCUCACUUGUCCAACCCCGCUACUCAUUAGUGCGUUUCAAAAUCCCUAACGUGGCUUCAUCUCAACCGCUCUUUCUCUUCAGGCAAUAUGCGAGGAUCAACCCUCGAGGAGCUGUCAUGAAAGGCAGCAAAGGGGAUGUUUGUAGAAAGCAAAAAAGACUACUGCGAUGA